CGCCGCCGCCGCCGCGGGGGACCCGGCCUUCUCCGGCUCCCGAAGGCCGUGGUGGCGGCGGCGGCCCCGGCCGGGUAGAGGAGACCGCCCCGCUCCCCCGACGCAGGCACACGCGGCCGACUGGCUUGCGAACAUGCCCUUCCAGAAGCACGUGUACUACCCGCUGGCCGGCUGCCCCGAGGGCCCCGACGCCUCUGCGGCCGGCGGCGCGGCGGGCGCGGCCGCCAUGGCCUGUUUCCCUCCCAGCGCGGGGCUGGGCCCCCAGCCCUUCUUCCAGUUCCGGCCUCGGCUGGAGAGCGUGGACUGGCGGCGGCUGAGCGCCAUCGACGUGGACAAGGUGGCCGGGGCCGUGGACGUGCUGACGCUGCAGGAGAACAUCAUGAACAUCACCUUCUGCAAGCUGGAGGACGAGAAGUGCCCGCACUGCCAGUCCGGGGUGGACCCGGUGCUGCUGAAGCUCAUCCGCCUGGCGCAGCUCACCAUCGAGUACCUGCUGCACUCGCAGGAGUUCCUCACCUCGCAGGUGCACGCGCUGGAGGAGCGGCUGCGCCUGAGCCUGAGCGACUGCGAGCAGAGCCGGAAGCUGCUCACCAAGCAGGCGGGCGAGAUCAAGCUGCUGAAGGAGGAGUGCAAGCGCCGGAAGAAGAUGAUCUCCACGCAGCAGCUGAUGAUCGAGGCCAAAACCAGCUACUAUCAGUGCCAUUUUUGUGACAAGGCCUUUAUGAACCAAGCUUUUCUACAAAGUCACAUCCAACGCCGCCACCCUGAAGAUCCUCACCUUGACUAUAAGACCAAGGCACAGACGGAUAAGCUGCAGGGUGAGAUCGACAUGUUGAAGGAGCAGCUGCAGCUCACCAAGUCUCAGUUGGAGACCUCCCAGCAUGCCCAUGCCAUCCGGUUCUCUAAGGAAUAUGAAAUGCAGAAAACAAAAGAGGAAGACUUUCUGAAGUUGUUUGAUCGAUGGAAAGAAGAAGAAAAGGAGAAACUGGUUGGUGAAAUGGAAAAAGUCAAGGAAAUGUUUAUGAAGGAGUUUAAAGAAUUAACUUCCAAGAAUUCAGCAUUGGAAUAUCAAUUGUCAGAAAUCCAGAAGUCCAACAUGCAGAUCAAGUCCAAUAUCGGCACGCUGAGAGAUGCACACGAGCUGAAAGAUGGCCAUGCUGCGAAUCCUCAGGAUAUCCAACAUGUUAUGCAGCUUCUCGACAGUCAGGAAAGCAAGUGGUCAGCUCAAGUUCAAGCUCUUCAUGAAGAACACAAGAAAGAAAAGAAUCAGCUCCUAUCCUAUAUAGAGAAACUCCGAACCUCAGUGAUAGAUGAUCUAAAUGUAAGUAAUGUUUUCUACAAGAAAAGGAUCGAAGAGCUAGGCCAGAGACUCCAGGAGCAGAAUGAACUGAUUGUCACUCAGAGGCAGCAGAUUAAAGAAUUUACCAGUAAACCAUUAAGCAGUGUCAACGAACCCAGAGGGACUCCUUUAACCUGGCAAGCUUUCGAAUCUAAGCCAACUGCCCCAGCUGUACCUAUGAACGCCCCAGUCUCACAGACUUUGGAAGCUAAAUCCAGUCUAACGAUGGUACAUGAACAGGCAUUCUCGUCGCACAUACUGGAACCAAUAGAAGAACUUUCAGAGGAAGAAAAAGGAAAGGAAAAUGAACAGAAGUUAAACAACGUGCAUAUAAUGAAAACUCUGAAGAAUAACUCCUCCCUCACUAAAGAAAUAAGAACAGUCCUGGAGCAGAGCUUGGUGGAGAAACUGGAAGGCCUGGGGAUUAAUGCGGAUAUACGUGGUAUUCCGACUGAUCGCUUGAACAGAGUGUUAAGAACCGUGGAAUCAGCCAGACAUGAACGGGAAAGACAAAUACCGAACAUGCAACAAAUUCGAGAACUCAUUGGCCAUCAGGUCAGCUGCAAAAUUGAGGAGAGAACAUUGCUGUCUUCAGAUAAGUUCAGAGUUCCUCAGAUGGACACCCUUUCAACUGGAGAAGUACCCAAAGCGAUACAACUUCCUCCCAAAAACAGACUGUUGGUUAGACAAAGACCUGUGUUCACUGAUAGGACCUCUGUUCCAAAAAUUAAGAAAAAUACAGUGGAAGAUAAUUUUCCCAGAAAGUCUUCAACUCUUACGACCCCUCCCUUCAGUUCGGAGGAGGAGCUGGAUGAAGAGGACAUCAUCCAGAUGUACUCGUCCCCAGACCUACUUCCUGUGAAGUCCUCUAAAAGCAACAAGAGUAACGUUGCACAGGCCGCCGCCAAAAGUGACACUGACUGGACCGAGUGCAGCGAAGUAGAGGAACUGAACGUUUUCCCCAAACCUGCAGACAGCCAUCCCGCUGUACCUGCGGUGGAUUGGUUCCAGGCCGCACCCCAUAAUAAGCCUGCAGGAACUUCCGUCAAAACACUAACUGAACAAGUUGAGAAAACAGCUCCACAUCACAGAAAUGGGACUAAGCCAGCUGGUGGGGUUAGUGUUCCUGAGAUGUUCGUCAAAAAGGAAGAAUUGCAAGAACUAAAGUGCACAGAUGUGGAUGAAGACGACUGGGAUAUAUCAUCCCUAGAGGAAGAAAAGUCUCUGGGGAAAAGACCUGGGCGAGAACAGAAGGAACCGCCACCUGUGAAGAGUGAAGCAAAUCCCACUCAACUGCUGAAGGCCUGGAGUUCACUGACCCCUAGGGGGCCCAUGGGAGAAGGACUUCAAGAGAACGAAUCAAACACCUUACAAAGCAGUUUAGUAACCGUGUCGGAUUGGAGUGACUCUUCAGAUGUAUAACCGAAACUCCCGGGUCAGAAGAUUCAUCCAGAAGUCAACCGUCUGUCUCAGGUUUUUAGUAACCUGCCUCCACGCGUGCCAUGCUCCUGCCUUAGAGCGUUUCCCACAAUAACAAGGAAGCCGACUCAGAGAACAAGGAUCUCUUUUACGGCACUUCAUACAGUAUUAAAAAACCAAUUGUCCACAGUAUUUUGAAGCAUAUAAAGGUGUUUAAGACUUCUGCUUGAAAAAUAACAUGUCGUUGAAGUCAUAAAAGUUUGUUUUCUUCAGAACGGUACUCUAGUGUUGAGUGUAUUCCUUUCCAUAAUUUUUAAGUCAGGCCUUUUCUUAUAAUUUAUAGUAAAUCUUGGUUUGAAUUAUUACAACUUUUUGAAAUUUUCUUAUGUGUACUGUCACACUGGAAAGUGUUUAUAUUAUAAUUCUGUUGGUAUCUUUAAAACUGUAUUAGUAGAAUCAGUCAAAUCUUACACAUUAGACUGGUUAUUUUUCAUAUAGAAGUUUUGAAUUGCAACAAUAUAGCUAGGUCUAUGUUCAAUACAUUCUCCUGAAGGACCUUUGUCAUACUUAGCUUACUGGAAAGCAUGUUGCUAUUACUGUUAGGUUCUGCAGCAUAAUCUUUAUCUUGGAUAUUUUAUGAAUAAAAUAUAGCUAUUCUGAAAGCCAGUUAUCAGAAUAUGAAUGGAAAAGAUGGGGAGUCAUCACUAAAUUCAUGUGUAUGUGGUUUGUUUUGACUUUCUGUAAAACACUCACUUCUUAUUAUAAAAUACCUCAAAAUUCAUUUAGUUAAUUCUUGAACAUUAUCAAAGGUCAGAAAAUUCAUAUAAGCUUUUUUUUUUUUUUUUUGUAAAUUUUUUACACUUUGUGAUACUAACCUGUACUGUUUCCAAAAAAGUAACACUUGAAGCACAUGGUUUGUUGGGUUUUGGAUCUCUUCAUUCCGUCAACCCUUCCAGUAAAGCCUUCCAUUGUUUCCUGUGCCUGUGGCUGAGUUAUUGGAGACAGUUUUUGAGUCAAACCUGUACUUGUGCUAUGUCACACCCCAGCCUGACAUCAGGAUGAAUCUUUGUCUUCACCCGCCCACGGCUGUUUGCACUUGUAGCUCAUUCCUAGCCUCAAAAAUAUCCUUCCAACUUCUCUUCAUGCAGAUACAAGGGGUCUUCAGAAAGUUGCUAGAAAAUGCAUAGUAUGAAAAAAUGAAGCAAGAAUUCAAAAAUCUUUUAUAUCAGUGGCCAGCAUUGUGAUGGCAGGUUCACCUGCUUCCUGCGACUCCUGCAUCUCAUAUGAGCUCCAGUUCAAGUCCCGGCUCCUCCACUUCUGAUCCAGCUUCCUGCUGUUGCGGCUGGGAAGGUAGUGGAAGAUGGCUCAAGUAUUUGGGCCCUGCCACCCACAUGGGAGACCUGUAUGGAGUUCCAGGCUCCUGGUUUUGGCCUGGCCCAGUCCUGGCUGUUGCAGCCAUCUAGGGACUGAACCAGCACAUGGAAGGUCUCUCCCUUCCUUUCUUUCUCCCUCCCUCCCUCUGUCCCUUUUUGUAACUUUGCCUUUCAAAUAAAUACAUACAAUCUUUAAAAAAAUUUUAGAUCCAAGUAAACUCACCUUUUAAUU